ACGGAGUCCCCGGCCAGACUUUCGGCCUAGGGAAGCUUUUCUCGGCAGAGAUCCAUUCCACAGUUUAAAGAGACCCCGGCCACCUUUUGUUAGAGGCCCUCCGUUCUUUGCACCAAAACGCCCAUUCUUCCCUCCCAGGAUGUCAUAUCAGAAGAUGGAGCCCCAGAGUGGCCUAUGACUCAAGUCAGCUGCCCUCCCCAGACAGAACUUUGGGUCUCUGUGGAGGCCUAGGUUAAGCACUUUUUGCUGACAACUCUUCCACAAGACCCCUUGAUCCUAUCAUCACUGCAAUCUGGAAAUGGACUAAACUUCCCUACCCCCAGGAGGUCUGCCCCUGCCUUCAAAGUUGCACCCCUUCCUGCCGCUUUUGAGCAUCGGGCUGCAGGUGUGUGCAACAACUUCCACCUUCCGGUCAACCGGAACCUUUCCCAGAGUAACUGCUGCUGUGUGUGGGACGUGCCUCGGUGGAGUUCCUGGGGGUGGUACCCGAGCAGAGUGGCGGCUAUUUUAUCCAAUAGGACGGGAAAGUAUUGACUCAGAAGCCAAUGAGGAGUCUGGUGAGGAAGAAGCGUUUAUCUGAGCAUGGAAGCACCGACUUGAGGUAGAAUGGGUGUCUGUCUGAGGUGGCGCGGGCUCGGGCUCCCGCUCCCGGGGUUCCGCCGCUGCGAGCUCCACACAGUGCAUGAGGCGUCUGUGCCUACUCCUCCCCAUUGGUUGGCAGAGCGAUUUGGCCUUUUUGAGGAGCUAUGGGCCGCCCAGGUGAAGAGGUUAGCAAGGGUGACACAGAAGAACACCCGGGCCAUUAAGAUAUCACUUCCUGAAGGCCAGAAGGUAGAUGCUGUUGCGUGGAACACUACCCCUUACCAGCUGGCCCAGCAGAUCAGCUCAACACUGGCUGACACUGCAGUAGCUGCUGAAGUAAAUGGAGAGCUUUAUGAUCUAGAGCGACCCUUGGAAACAGACUGUCACCUCAGAUUCCUGACGUUUGAUUCCCCAGAAGGCAAAUCGGUACUCUGGCACUCUAGUGCCCAUGUUCUGGGUGCAGCCGCUGAGCAACAAAUGGGUGCUGUUCUCUGCCGAGGUCCAAGUACGGAAUCUGGCUUUUACCAUGACUUCUUCCUGGGAAAAGAGCGGACAGUCCGAAGCUCAGAGUUGCCCGUUUUAGAGCGGAUUUGCCAGGAGAUCAUAGCUGCUGCUCAACCUUUCCGGAGGCUGGAGGUUUCUCGGGAUCAGCUCCGGCAGCUCUUCAAGGAUAACCAUUUCAAGCUCCAUCUGAUCGAGGAGAAAGUGACUGGCCCAACAGCAACAGUGUAUGGGUGUGGCAUGUCGGUUGACCUUUGCCGAGGACCCCAUCUUCGGCACACGGGACAGAUCGGAGUGCUGAAGCUGCUGACGAACUCCUCGGCCUCAUGGAGGUCCCCAGCAGCUCCAGAGACACUGCAGAGAGUGUCAGGCAUUUCUUUCCCCAGCACAGAGUUACUGAGGGCCUGGGAAGAACAGCGGGAGGUGGCAUUGCUCCGAGACCACAGGCGCAUCGGGAAGGAACAGGAGCUCUUCUUCUUCCAUGAACUGAGCCCUGGGAGCUGCUUUUUCCUGCCACGAGGGACAAGAGUCUAUAAUGCCCUGGUGACUUUCAUCAGGGCUGAGUACGCCCACCGUGGUUUCUCAGAGGUGAAAACUCCCACGCUGUUUUCUACAAAACUCUGGGAACAGUCAGGGCAUUGGGAGCAUUAUAGGGCAGACAUGUUUUCCCUGAAGCCCCCAGGCACUAAUGGUCCCGACAUCUCUCAGAGUGACCCCCGUGCCAGGUGUCCCAAAGACACACUUGCUCUCAAGCCCAUGAAUUGUCCUGCACACUGCCUGAUGUUUGCCCACCGGCCCAGAUCCUGGCGGGAACUGCCUGUGCGACUGGCUGAUUUUGGAGUCCUGCAUCGUGCUGAGGCCUCUGGCAGUCUGGGAGGAUUAACACGCCUGUGGCGCUUCCAACAGGAUGAUGCUCACAUCUUCUGUGCACCAAAUCAGUUGGAAGCAGAGAUCCGAGACUGCCUUGAUUUUCUCCGAUCUGUUUAUGCUGUUCUUGGUUUUUCUUUCCACUUGGCUUUAUCUACCCGGCCAUCUGGCUUCCUAGGGGAGCCUCACCUGUGGGACCAGGCUGAGCAGGUCCUGCAACAAGCCUUGGAGGAAUUUGGAGAACCCUGGGACCUUAACCCUGGAGAUGGCGCUUUCUAUGGACCUAAGAUUGAUGUGCACCUCCAUGAUGCCCUGGGUCGGCCCCAUCAAUGCGGAACAAUCCAGCUUGACUUCCAGCUGCCACUGAGAUUUAACUUACAGUACAAGGGGCAGCUGGGGGCCCUGGAGCAUCCAGUCCUUAUCCACCGCGCAGUGCUUGGUUCUGUGGAAAGGAUGUUGGGAGUACUGGCGGAAAGCUGUGGGGGGAAAUGGCCCCUGUGGUUGUCCCCGCUGCAGGUGGUAGUCAUCCCUGUGGGAGCAGAGCAGGAGGAAUAUGCCAGGCAGGUACAACAAUGCCUACAGGCUGCAGGGCUUGUCAGUGACCUCGAUGCUGACUCUGGAUUAACCCUCAGCAGGAGAGUCCGCCGGGCCCAGCUUGCCUACUACAAUUUUCAAUUUGUGGUUGGCCAGAGAGAGCAGAAUAGGAGAACGGUGAACGUCCGGACUCGAGAGAACCGACAGCUGGGGGAGCGAGGCUUGGCCGAGGCUGUGCAGAGGCUGCUGGAGUUACAGAAUGCCAGGGUCCCCAAUGCUGAAGAAAUGUUCUGAGUAUGUUCACUGCUGCGGGAGGCAUAGACUCAUGAGAGCUACCUGGCCCUUGCCAUGGGAGCCCAGAAUGUCCCAGACUCCAGACAGCUUUCCUGGAAAUGCACUUGGUUUGGGGGGCUCUGUACAGGAAGGAAUGCUGUUUAUAUCGGAGGAGAAUAAAAAAUAAACUUGAAGCCGA